GGGAGGCGGGACCCGCCGUGCUCGGACCGAUGUUCCCUUAGAAGUUCUGAGCUCGGCCCAUCCCAUCCCCUUUAUUGGCCCGGAUCGUUCGCCCAGCAGUGUUUCGUGUAAGUAGCCUCCUGUGGAGCUCCGCGCCUGCAGAGGGACUACCGGCUCCGAAAAUAAGCGGUGGGAGGAAAGGCUCCCUGGCACUUUCCCGCUGUCUGCGCAGAUAGGUCUCCCGACCUCCGGCUACAGCUGCGAUGGUACGAACUGGUGGCUCAAAGUACGGCCUUUGGCCUCUGAUCUUGCUUCUGCUGCGGGACUGGACGUGGGCAGCGCACAGUCCCUGGAAGAGGGGCGAUGCUCCCUCUCUUUGCUACCGCUUCACCAUCACUCCUAAUAGACAACCAUGGUGUGAGGUUCAAGGCCAGGUCAAUGGAAACACAUUUCUUAUUUAUACCUGUAGUAGCGAGAUGGCUGAACCCAUCGGUCCUCUGGGGAUGAAGGUGAAUGCCACAGAUGCCUGGAAAACACAGACAGAAACUCUGAAAGACCUGACAGAAGAGCUCAAAAAGGCACUGCCUGACAUUAAACCAGAGAUUAUUACAACCAUAGAUUUUUUCUCCCUGCAGGGCAGGUUCAUGUGUCCGUGGGAAGCCAAUGGAUCCAUCAGUGGAUCCUGGGAGUUUGGAUUCGAUGGACAGAGAUUCCUCUGCUUUGACUUGGAGAACAGAAAGUAUACAGUGGAUCAUCCUGGAGGCGAACAGAUGAAAGAGAAGUGGGAGUGUGACAAGGAUUUGACCAUGACCUUCACCAGUAUCCCAGUGAGCGUCUGCAAGGAAUGGCGUGAUGAAUUCUUGGUAUACUGGAAGGAAGAGCUGCCAACAACAGCGCCACCAACCGUGGUCCCAGCCACAACCCAGUCCAAGACCACAACUACCAGCUGUAUUCUCUCUGUUGUCGUCCUCCCCUGCUUCAUCACAGUCGGCAUCCUGAGAUGUUUCAUUUACAAUUAACAGGUAUACUGAUGGGGAAACUGACCUUAAAGUGGUUCCCUGCCACGUGGAACUGAGAUAAAAUGGUGGUUCCAGCAGAGCAAGAAGUCCCCAGCCUAAGUCCCAGGCCACUUCCGCAUAACCCCCUCCAAGCUACACCUUGAGCCAAUCACCAGAUAACACCUGCCCCUUCCCGACUCAAGGAAG